AUGAAAAUACAAUAGAAGAACCUUAAAAUAGUUGUCAAGGCUAAAGCAGUGCUCGUUUAGUCUCCAAAUUUAUAAGACGAUUUUUACUUAAAUUUGCUCGAUUGGUCACCCCAAAACUACCUAGCAGUCGGUUUAAAAAGUAAAGUUUUUAUAUGGUCAGGGUGUACUUCGUAAAAUUAUUAAUUGUGCGAUUUAGGAAAUGUAGAUACUGUAAGUUCUGUAGCUUGGAGUUAAAGAAGUAACCAUAUAGCAGUGGGGGAUUCUUUCGGGAACGUAAGACUCUAUGAUAGUGUAAAACAGAAGUUAAUUUAGAUAAUGCCUGGACAUUAGUCUAGAGUUGGAAGUAUUACGUGGAAUGGAUUUUUAAUAGCUUCCGGAUCUAGAGAUAAGAAUAUUUUAAUAAGAGAUGUGAGAAAAAUUAGUGGGUCAGUUUAGAAGUUUAUGGGACAUAAGUAAGAAAUAUGUGGAUUAAAAUGGUCUUUUGAUGAAAAUAUAUUGGCUUCAGGAGGAAAUGAUAAUAAGUUGUUUUUAUGGAGUUUAAAAGGGGGAGAAUUGGCGAAAUUUUCUCACCAUUAAGCAGCUGUUAAGGCUUUGGCUUUUUCACCACAUUAACAUAAUGUAUUAGCAAGUGGGGGUGGUACAGCGGAUAGAUUACACAUGGAUAUAGUUUGA